AGUCCCCUCCACCAAACUCAAAAAAUAUGGCCAUGCCUCAGCCAAAUUUAAUAGAAAACCCUAUAAAACUUAGCAAAUUGAGGAAUAAUAAUAUUAAUAUUCCUCAAAAAAGAAAUUCAAGGUUGUCUUUUUGGGCCUUUGUUUUUUCAAUUUGCAUGUAUAUUUCCAUCUUUUAUAUUUUCAAUCUCUCCCCAUAUACUCUUAUUAGCACCACAAACUUUUGGUUCUUUAUUUCCAACACCCUUAUUCUCAUCAUUGCUGUUGAUUUUAAUUUUGGCUCUAAUUUCUCUUCUUCAUCAUCAAUUGAUCAAGAAUAUUCACUUCAAGAAUAUUACAUGAAAAUUUGUCAAGAAAAAAGUACUAUUACUAGUUCUCCAUCAUUUAAUUAUUCUCCGUAUACUAUCGAAAAAAUGGAGAUUAUUAUUCCUUAUGAAGAAGAAGAACGUAUAAAAGACGUAGUUCAUAUCGAAAACAACAAACAAAAAGACGAAGAACAAAUAAUCAACAUUAUUGAUCAUAAAAAUGAGAAGAAGGGUGAAGUGAAAUUCUAUCGGAGUAAUUCAGAAUUAAAAGCAAUAAUACCGGCGGAGAAAAAUGAGAAAAUUUUAAAAAGGAUUCAAAGGUCAAAAUCUGAGAGAUAUAAUGAUUUACAAGUAAAUGGAGAUGAAGAAAUUAAUGAUGAAUUUUUAGAUAUGUCAGUAGAGGAAUUGAAUAGAAGAGUGGAGGAGUUUAUUCAACGAUUUAAUACACAAAUUAGACUCCAAAGAAAACUCCAAACUUAA